GGAGCCGUCUCGCCUGACGAACAAUAAUCGGUGAUCAGCCGCUCCCGUUUAACUAGCGCCUAGGCAGAAACCUGUUUCUGCGUACAUCUGCUCACCCACUCGUGUGUCCCACAGGCAUAUUGCGCUACAUGUUCUGUCGCAAAAUCCAGAUGGCAAUCCUCGCCGCUCUUCCAUACCACGUAUCCCAGGUAGAAGGAAGGACGCGGACCUGUGAGCGGAGCAUCAGGGAGACGCGGGUUUUGGAGAAUCCACCACGAGCCCGUUACGAAGUACACGAGUGUGAGCACCCGAACCCCUCUUCUACGAUAAUUAGCACAAGUCGCUCGUGUACGGCCCUGGCGGGAUCCAGACUAAUAGAUGGAAAUAGGAAAACCGUUAGCUAGUGUAUAUCAAAAGUAUUUUGCUUCUACCAACUUCCCGUACUCGACCAAGUAACCUAUCUAGUAGGUUACAGCAUA